AUGCAUAGCAGGAAGAAUUCAACACAGUGCUCGCAUGUAACAUGCUCAAAUGAUGCAGACAUAAAGAAAAUAUCAAAAGUGCUGUUCAUCAUCCUAAUGUUCAUGUUUUUAGAGUUGUGGGGGCAUUGGAAAACAAAUAGCUUGUCCCUCUUGGCAGACUCGCUUCAUCUACUUGUAGAUAUACUUGGGUUCAUAGUCAGCCUUCUUUCGCUGAGCUGGGCAAAAAAACCUUCCAGUAAAAGAAUGACGUUUGGAUACCAUAGGAUAGAGAUUAUUGGGUCCUUGGUUUCCAUUGGGCUUAUCUGGGCAGCUGUAGGAUAUCUUGCAGUAGAAUCAUUUCACAAAUACCUUCAUCCUAGCGAAAUAGAUGGAGGAAUGUUCUUUAGCAUAGCUGUGGUUGGAUUCUUUGUGAACUGUGUCUGUGUCUAUGUUCUUCAUUAUGAUGAGUAUCAGCAUAAGCUCAAACACAAAAACCUGAACAUACGAGCUACUUAUGUCCAUGUUGUUGGAGAUCUUAUUCAAUCGGUGGGGGUGAUAAUUGCAGGGAUGGUGACGUACUUUUAUCCAUCUAAAGCAAUAGUUGAUGUGAUCUGUACCAUGUUCUUUUCUGUGCUUGUCCUAGUAUCCACAGGGUUUGUACUCAAGGACGGUGUUCGUAUACUUGCGGAGGGUGCACCCAGAGACCUUGACAUUGACGGAAUGAGGGCAGAUGUGCUGGAGGUGGAGAAUGUCUAUAAAAUCGUCGACUUGUAUGCAUGGUCGAUAUCGAUGAACAGAACUGCUGUAUCCAUUAAGAUAUUAGCCGAUGAUCUACUAAUCAGUGACUAUGAAAACAUCUUGUUAGAGGUGAACCACAUAAUCAAGACAAAGUAUCUUGUGGACAUAGUAAUCAUACAGAUAGAUACACCCAACACCUUUUAUGGGGACAAGGGAUUUGUCGUUGAUGGUGUGGUUAUUGAUUUGAAAGCUCUCGAAACACCAGGAAUGAUGAUCCCAGAGGCCUAG